GAGAUAUCUCUGCAGCUAAGAUACGCUAACUAGUUGUGGAAGUGGGGUGCGCCUACCCACCGUAACAUGUAGCUUAACAAAGUCAACGCUACCUGGCUUUUAAGGCUGUCAAUUGAAGAAGCAAGCCCGUGUCUUCUUGAUGCCCUAGCACUCUUACUUUGAUGUAGUCUUGUCAUUGUGCAUGUGAAUAUCUCGUUGAAGGGGGAACGAGAAUCAGAUCAGGUCUGCAACUCUUAUGUUCGCGCCUUGUGUUUCCAUUGACGGAUCUCGGCGUCAAGAAUGCACACGCUAUCCCAAUCCCGCUCGGGCCCCGCGAGUGACAGCGGCGACACGGCUGGCGAGAUCAGAGAACUCGACGAAAAGCAUCUCCCGAGGUCGCGCGAUUGGUCUGGGAUAAUAAUGACAACGCUUCGGCUCUUCCAGUUGGCUUAUUCCGCCUUUGCAUACUCGACGCUCUCUGGCUUCGGCGCUCCAGCGUACCUCCAUCGGCGUGGCUCAUGGCAGCAGCACCCUGAUCAGGAGCAUCACCAUUCACCGCAGACAAUGCGGGCGAUGCGGUGGUUUCGGAUACAGGCUCUCGUGAUCCUAGUAUAUCAGACCAUCGCAUUCCUUGGCGCGUUCCUGUCUCGGAUGCUAAAGUCGAGGAGAUGGCCUUUCGCCCGCAUGGCUACAAUCUUCGGUGACGGCUGUACCGUCAUAGCCGCGCUCAACAUCAUGGCUUUGCUAGACUCGCCCCACGAAUCUCAGUGCCAUGGCUUCGGCCAAACCACUCACUUCCUCGCGCACAGUCCGACAAGGCACGGCGGGCCGGAGCAUGUCGGCACUGGCAGGCGGCGUUCUGUAUGCCGAUUGAUGGACGCGGUCGUUGGACUCGGCGUCAUCUUCAUCUUGUCACAUUUGGUGUCGGUCAUCAUCACCAUCCGGCGUGUCAGCAGUCUAUCCCAAACAGGGUACGCCAAGGUGCGAAACACCGAAGACGUGGAGCGGGGAUCGGCUCGGAGUCCCAGUCGUGCUGCCGAAACGAGCUCGCAGCCUAUGCUACAAAGACAGCCUACGCCGCCCCCUCCUUAUCGCCCUGUUGUGCCCGAGCUAGCCCAGGAUGAUUUGAGAGGUCGGUCCUCCAUAGACACGACUUUGUCAGUUACUCCUGAUGUCUAUUUGGUGUCUGAUGGAUGGCGUGCACCUGAGGAACCGCCACAGUAUUCGAGCAGGCCACCGAGCCUGCAUAAUAUAUUGUCUUGAACUCGGCCCUUGGGGUUUGUUUCGCGCCGACGUAAUGAUAUCCAAGCAUAUAGAACUUGUAAUGAAGAACAACUGUUUUUACUGCAUCCUGUUACAGUGGCGUCUCAUUGGCAUCCU